AUGGAAGUGAUUAAUUUCGUCUCAAUCCACUUUAUCUUCCUACGCGAGACAUAUACACAAUUUGUAAAUCCAGGCUGGCCUCAUCACCCCCAACAUUACGACGACUACGAAUAUAGAAGAUGGGGUCCAAGACAGGGCAGACCCCGCAAGAGAAGUGGUGGCAGAUUCCCUGAAUACUCAGAGGAAUCUAACGACUACGGCAACAGAUUCUUUGUACCAUAUCCUGUUCCACUCGUCAUAACAGUAAAGUCGAAAGCGCCCGAGACAACAUCAACAUCAACAACAACGUCAACAACAACUACGACAACAACAACGACAUCAACGACAACAACAACAUCAACAACACUAGCGCCGUCUGAAGAGGAGGAAUCACUUGAAUAUUCAACGUAUUCAACACCGACAGUCGCUAGGAUACUAGAUUUUCCACGAGCCUCAUCGAACUUUCCGUACUAUCAUAAGAAGUUGUUGUCCAAGAAAAAGUCAUGUUUGAGAGGACAAUGUGAAAACUUUAGGAGGGUAGACAUUAUAGAUGGUUUCUUGAAACGCGGAGGCCAAACAGACAAGUCGUAUGAAGAUUAUAAUGUACCCAAUUUGAAAAGUGGACAAAAAUUCGGUAUUAUACCAAUACCAGAUAAAUUAGCUCUAGAACUAAUGACGCAUAUGCGGGAUGCGAAAAUAAAUGAACUGCUUAGUAGGGGGUGA